ACAUCCUACAGUCCUUAAUGCAACAACAUCCGGGAGUGACUAAUAUUGCAACGAGGGAGGUCUAAAAUGAAUUGACCAAUAGCGCUUCAGUGGAUAACUGAUAAAGUAAUGCUGUCUGCAUAAUGUUGGAGGCAAUCGGACUUCUGGUGUUGACCGGUGUGCUAUGGGGCUGCACCAACCCCUUCAUCCGCCAGGGUACGAAGGGACUCCGUGACGUCACCGCCACCACAGUGCAAGGACAGAUCUGGGCUGAAAUCACCUUCCUGCUUGGGAAUUGGAAGUACGUGUUGCCGUGGCUGGUGAACCAGACAGGCUCGCUGAGCUACCUGGCGGCCUUGCAGCGCGCCCCCCUCUCAGUGGUGGUGCCCACCGCCAACAGCCUCGCCUUCGUCUGCACCGCACUCACCGGCGUCGCCGUCGGAGCUGAGGAACCUCUUGAUGCAAAGUCCAUAGCUGGCAUCGUGUUAAUCAUGCUGGGUACAGCUCUUUGCUGCUUCGAGGAUAACAGUUGACGCUCCAACAUACUAAUAGGUAAUAACUGCCUUUAAAACCCCCAACAUGUACUAA